AUGAGAGGUGAAGUUAUUACAAAUGUUAUUGUAAUAUCUUUCAAAUAAAUUUAACAUGAUAAUAUAGUAAAGCCAUUGUAUUUGAAGAAAUUUUAAAUAGAGAAGUCGACAUCAAUUUAUAUGACAGUUUGGGAACAGCUUUUGUCAUCUGAAAUGUCUUCUAGGUUGAUCUUGCUAGUUUGGUAUUUACUCAAUAUUAAGAGAUGA